CUCUCCCUCUUCCGUCUCGUCACAUGACCCGAGUCUUGUGACAGUGCAGCGAGCAGGAAAAACGUCGUUUUCACUUUGACACAGUUUCCAGAUUCAGAUUUCUCUCUUAAAAACCGAGAGAAAUCCAGGAAAGCUCGCUAUGGCGCGUCUUUAGGACACACUCACGGCUUUUAUAACCAUUCCCGCGUUUCUGUCGCGGAUGCUUUAGUGGAGCGGCGGUGAAGUCGCAUGGGGAGACUGGAGGAACUUUCUCAUCUUUGUUUUGGUUUUUGUUUUGCGUUUGUCCGCGUUAAAGAAACUCUCGGAGAUUUUAUGUUAGUUUGGUGAAGUACGCAGGACGCCUCAGACAGAUAUGGACACCAAACCUCUACUCCAGGACAGACCUCCUGCCUACAACACUGUCCCGAGCGCCUACGACUACGGUUCGAUCCCCGCGGCCGGAGCACCCGCGGCGGGCUUCCAGCCUCCAGCCCCGCCGCCCUACCAAGGUUUCCCCGCGGCGGCAUCAGGUUAUCCAGCAGCUCCGGCUCCGGCUGCAGCUCAGCCAGCCUUCAGCACCUACACCAUCGUCCAGCCCUCGGUAGUGGUGGUGGGGGGAUGUCCAGCCUGCAGGGUUGGCGUGCUGGAGGACGACUUCACCUGUCUGGGCAUCAUGUGUGCCAUCUUCUUCUUCCCGCUGGGCAUCCUCUUCUGCCUGGCGCUGCGUCAGAGGAGAUGCCCAAACUGCGGAGCCACCUUCGGCUAGAAGCGGACCAAACGCACGCCGUCUUUUAGAGCAUCAGCAUACGUUAAUCACUGCACACCAAUGAUGCCAAACCGCGCUCAUGUUAACCACUGUCAUGAUGAAGAAACCAGCCACAAACUCAAGAUGAUGAUGAUGAUCGUGUUUUAGUAGUGCGGGGUAAACAUUAAUCACAUCCAAAAUUAAAGCUUGUGUUGACAUAAUAUAUAUGAAUUAUAAAGAAAUGAGAAACAAGAUCCAGGGGGUCGUAUAUUUACCAAUAAGAUGCUGUUAUUACGAUUGAAUAAAUAACAGUUUCUCAGUAUAGAUGCAUGCCUGUGUGUAUUUAUAUACAUACAUAAACACACACACACACACACGUGUAUGUCAAAACAAACGUAUAUUUCCGGAUGUGAUUAAUCAUUAAUCUUUUCCCAGCACUAGUUUGUUUUAUUUCCCGCUGAUCCUCUGUAGAUUUUCCAGUCAUUGAAUCACCAGUGCCUUUAUGAUGGCAGAGAACCGGCCGGGAAGAACAUGCUGGACGCUUCAUCUGCGCUUUUUUAUUUGUAUUUUAAUUAAAGCAUCACUCUUGACUAUCAUACGUUUCUGCAAUCGUCCGUCUGUCUCGCUCCUCAUCUUCUGUUUUGAUCAUUGUUUGUAUAUUAUGGAUCACUCGUAGACCAUUGAUGGGGUGUAUGUUUAUUUGAUUUGUUGUAGGGGGCCAUGUUUUCCUCAAGCUGCACCGAUGUGAUCAGUGUUAAAGAGACAGUUCACGCAAACAAUGACAUUUGUGAAACACCAGUUACUUAUUCCAGAGAGCUCUAUGAGCUUCUUAAUCAUGUUGAACAUGAAAGAAGAUAUUUUGAAAAAUGCUGGAAAUCUGUAACCAUUGUCUUCUAUAGUAUUUUUUUUCCUACUAUGGAAAUCAAUGAUUGCAGGUUUCCAACAUUCUUCAAAAUAUCUUCUUUUGUGUUCAAUUGAAGAAAGAAACUCAUUCUGUUGAACACAAAAGAUACUUUAAAAAUGUUUGAAACCUGUAACCAUUGACUUCAAUAGAGUUUGUUUUUCCUACAAUGGAAGUUAAUGGUUACAGGUUUUCAACAUUUUUCAAAAUAUCUUUCGUGUUCAAAUGAAGAAAGAAACUCAUUCUGUUGAACGCAAAAGAUACUUUGAAAAGUGUUGGAAACCUUUGAUCCACUGACUUUUAUAGUAUUUUUUCCUACCAUGAAAGACAAUGGUUACAGGUUUCCAACAUUUUUUAAAAUAUCGUCUAUAGUGUUUAACAAAAGAAACUCAUUCUGUUGAACAGAAAAGACACUUUAAAGUUUUUUGAAAACCUGUAACCAUUGACUUGCAUAGUACUUAUUUUUAUUACUAUGGAAGUCAAUGGUUACAAGUUUCCAACAUUUUUCAAAAUAUUUUCUAUUGUGUUUAACAAAAAUAAAUAAAUAAAUAAAUCAUUCUGUUUAACAUAAAAGAUACUUUCAAAAAUGUUGGAAACCUGUAACCAUUGACUUUAAUAGUAUUUAUUUUUUCUGCUAUUGAAGUUAAUGGUGACAGGUUUCCAACAUUCUUACUUCAGUUGAACACAGAAGAUAUUAUGAAGAAACUCAUUGUUGAACACAAGAUACGUUGAAAAAUGUUGGAAACCUGUAACCAUUGUCUUUAAUAGUAUUUAUUUUUCCUACUAUGAAAGGCAAUUGUUGCAGGUUAUCAACAUUUUUCAAAAUACCUUUGUUUGUGUCUAACUGAAGAAAGAAACUCAUUCUGUUGAACACAAAAGAUAAUUUGAAAAGUGUUGGAAACCAGUAACCAUCGUCUUCAUUAGAAUUAUUUUUCUUGCUAUAGAAAGUCAAUGGUUAUAGGUUUCCAACAUUCUUCAUUCAACAUUCUAUUUUGAAAAAUGUUAAAACCUGUAACCAUCGACUUCUAAAGUGUUUUUUCCUACUAUGGAAGUCAUUGGUUACAAAUUUCCAACAUUCUUCCAAGUAUCUUUUUCGUGUCCAACAGAAGAAAUAAACUCAAAUGUUUUGUAUCCACUUGAAAUGAGUAAAUGUUGAGUAUUUUUGGGUGAACUGUGUCUUUAAAUGAGUUGUGUUUCAGCAAUACACACGAUGCUGUAAAUGAAAUCCUCCUGUAUUUGCUGUUUGACAAUGGAAACGCUCUCCUUCCAGUGACCGACAAUCAGUCUGCUUUAUUCCUCAUGUUUAUUCUGCUUUGUGUUAUUGGUCAUGUGCCGUACUCAAUAGCCACGCUCUUAUGAUCAGUUUUUUUUUUGUACACAUUGAGAGAGAUUGUAAAUAAAUUCUACUAGUGUCGCUAA